AUGUCGUGUAAAAGAAACUGCCUCAAAAUUACGGAGCAAAAGAAUCAAGUGACCCGCGCCGAACAGAACAACGACUAUAGGGUUGUUGUUUUCGGUGCGGGAGGUGUUGGCAAAAGUUCGUUAGUUCUACGAUUUAUAAAGGGAACUUUUCGAGAGUCGUAUAUACCAACCAUAGAGGACACAUAUCGUCAGGUAAUCAGCUGUAAUAAAACUAUUUGCACCUUGCAAAUCACCGAUACAACUGGCUCACAUCAGUUUCCAGCAAUGCAACGGCUAUCUAUAACGAAAGGACACGCCUUCAUAUUGGUUUAUUCGGUGUGUUCCAAACAAAGCUUAGAGGAAUUGCGGCCGAUAUGGAAUCUUAUUAAGGAACUCAAGGGCCAGGACAUUGUAAAUAUUCCCGUAAUGUUAGUAGGUAAUAAGUGUGACGAAAGCUCGGAGCUACGAAAUGUUUCGGAGGCAGAAGGGAAAGCCCAAGCUACGGCUUGGAAUAUAUCAUUUAUGGAAACAUCAGCAAAAACAAACCACAAUGUCACAGAGCUAUUUCAAGAACUAUUGAACUUGGAGAAGACUCGACAAGUGUCAUUACAAUUAGAUACGAAGACCAAGAAAAAACAAAAGAAAGAGAAGAAGAACAAGGAAACAAAUGGAGCCAUUGCAGAAAACGGUGAGGGAGAAGGUGCCGGCAGUACAAGUGGCGGCAAAGAAAAAUGCCAUCUUAUGUAAGAAUCAGAUCAACUUUCACGUUGGAGGACCACAGAUGACAGUACUCUGGAGGCUUUUGAACGUAUUUACACACCAACAAUCGGUCGGGUCAAAAGUGCUUUUGGGUAAUAUAAAGAACAGAGUGACUUAAUUCAAAUACUUCCAAAACUAUACUCAUUCAUGUUAUACAUUUCGAAAAGUAUUUCCCAAACUACAACCAAGUUGUAUUUAUGAAAA